AUGUAUAGUCCGACGUAUCGACGAUUCUACACGGGGCUAAUCGUGUUCCUCCUUCUAACGGGACCUUCCCUGCAAUGUGGCCGGGUGGUAGGCAGAAGGAAAAGACCUGCAAAAAUGAUUCCCUUGGUUCACAAACAAGGUGUGCCGAAUUUAUCAGAAAACACCAUUGGAGCUAGUGGACUAAGCGAGGGUGUCAUCACCCGAGAUGAUCCGAAAUUUAAACAGCUUGUUACCAACGAUAACCCCAACAUCAUAUUUAAGGACGAAGAGGGCAACGGUUCUGAUAGAAUCAUGUCACAGAGGUGCAAAGAUAAACUGAACACGCUGGCGGUGUCCGUAAUGAACACUUGGCCGAACGUGAAACUGCGCGUGACAGAAGCCUGGGAUGAAGAUGACCACCACGCUAAGAACUCUCUUCACUACGAGGGUCGGGCUGUAGAUAUCACCACCAGCGACAGGGACCGUACCAAAUAUGGACUGCUGGCCCGACUGGCGGUUGAGGCUGGAUUUGAUUGGGUGUAUUACGAAUCACGUGGCCAUAUCCAUUGUUCCGUAAAAUCUGAGUCAUCCGCUGCGAUCAAGAUUGGAGGCUGUUUCACCGGAUCUGGAACUGUACAAACACCGGAGAAAGGACGAGUUUUAAUUUCCGACAUCAAAGUUGGAGACCAAGUUUUGACCAUGACGAAGUCUGGAACUCUUCAAUACAGUGAGGUCAUCACAUUCCUGGACAGGGACGAACAGAGAACGGGUUUAUACCACACAUUGUUAACGAGCGACGGAAGAACGAUAACUCUCACUGAUAAACAUCUCAUUUACACCUCACCGUCAAACCAAACAAGCUUACAUUCUUUCCAGGCAAGAUACGCUGACACCGUUAAAAUAGGGCAAUAUGUUUUAAUUGCCGAAAUGACAAAAGUAAUAAAACCAUCAAAAAUUAUUGACAUAAAAAUAGGUUUUCAAGACGGUGUCUACGCGCCCUUGACGGCAGAGGGCAGCAUUGUCGUGGAUGGCGUUGUGGCAUCGUGCUACGGUGUUAUCAAUAACGAACAAAUUGCGCAUGCGGUGUUUGCGCCAACGCGAAUGUUACAUUCGAUUUCACAGUACAUAUCAUUGCCAUGGACUCAAUCGCAUUCUAACGGAACACAACAUGAAGGUGUGAAUUGGUACGCUGAGUUGCUUUACACAAUUGGAAAAUACGUUUUAGACAAAGAUACAAUGUACCUUGUGUAG